AUGGUGCGGCGUUUACCAUUAUUACUACUAGCGACGGUUGCCUCCUGCAUGGAGAUGCGGGAGACUGUGGAGCGGAUGGUCAUGGUCCGCACAACCGGGUCUGACCUUCAGCCGGCCGCCACCGGGUACAUUUACAAGAAACGAAGCGAUGGCCCCGCCAGCGUGGUCAAGAUGGACGAGAGCGAGAUAAUGGAACAGCUGUCGAAGUUCUACGAUCAGCCUAAAGUGUACGCCGCGCCCGAGAAGGACUCUGACGAAAGCAAGGCUGCUUCGCACCCCAGCGAGGAGUACGUCAUACCCGUAGUGGAGAAACAGGAGGAGGAAGCGGAUCACGUGGACGGCAUCGCUGACGACGACUACGCAGCGGCUUACGACGGCUACGGCGAUUAUAAACGCAAGUUCGCGGACUACCUUCACGGAUUGGGACACUUCGAUGACGGGGUAUACCACGAGCACGGCGAUGGUAAAGAAUACGGCUCCGAAGGGCACCACGGGCUCGGUGAGAAGGGCUUCAAAGGCUUCGAUACCAAGCACCACUACGGUAAAGGCGACGCUGGGGAUUACCACGCUGGGAAAUACGAUAGCUUCUAUGUAGCAGGCAAGGGCGGUCACGAGAAGGUUUACGACGAAGCCAAUAAAUAUGGCGAGCAUCACGCAACCGGUCAUGGGGAGAAAGGGGGCGACCACGGCCAUAAAGAGGAGCACAGCAAAGGCGAGAAGCUCGAAGGGUUUCACAAGGUCUACGAUAAGAACGAAUUCAAGAAGGACCACGACUUUUACGAUGCGGACAGACAUAAAGGCGGCUACCACAAGUACGGCGAUGGCCACAACUACCACGAAACAGAAGGAGCGGGGCACAAGAAGGGUGGCAGUCAUGAGUCAGAGCAUCACGGUGCUGAGUCUGGCAAGGAAGGCAAACAUGAGCACGACUCCGGGGCUGAGCACGACUCAACGCAUUCAGCUGAAGAAGGUGGAACUUCAGGACAGCAUGGGCACAAAGAUUUCGGCUCUAAAGGCGGCUCCUACAACGGCAAGGGCUACGGCUAUCAAGUUAAACAC